AUGACGGCUUCGGAAAUUGAUGGCCAGUUCAUCAAAGACGGUUUUUCGAGCGGCUUCCCUGCAAGUGUCACACUGGCAUGGCAGCUCACCUCGUUGGCUCAGGCUCCCAGUUCGGAUCAACCUUUCCUCUCUUCCUCUCCCACCAACACACCCCAUUUCAAGAACAGCACAAUGCACCCCUUCAUUGUCAAUAUGGUAUCAAAAUUUAGUGAGGCUGAGAAGUCUUUCAUUUUGGACAUCCUCCGGGAUCUUGUGGCUAUUCCUGUCGCAGCCCUGGCUACCAAGGAAGGUGUUGAAGCUUUAGCCGAUGCUAUUGUGACAGCGUUCUUGGACACUUGGCUUGCCCAUUUGACCGAGUCCAAACCUACCAAGUGUUCCAAGUCCUGGUGGACAGAUGAGUGCUUGGAGACAUUUGGAGUGUACCAGCUGAGCCACUUGCUAGCUGAUUGCAACAAAUUCAAGAAGGCAUGCAAGGACGCCAAAUGUGACUUCUUUGAUGAAUGCAUCACAGAGAUCGCCACCUCUCGCAAGCAUCCAUGGGACCUAAUGGAAUGGGUCAAACAGCGCAAGCUACCACCCUGUGAGGCUAUUCGUGAUGGUGGCCAGCCUUGUCAUGAUAUGGACGACCUCUGGGACACCCUUCACAGCAUGUACAACUCGGCCUCGGGUCGCAAGUACGACACUUCUGUUUUAGAUGAGCUUCCUGAUGAGCUAGUCCAUGAGUGGGCUGACUUUUCGGAGCAUGAGUUGUGGGGUGCCCUUAAGCGGUGCUCUAAUUCCUCUGCACCAGGACCAGACCAUGUUACAUGGGUCCACCUAAAGGAGUUGCUCAAGGAUAAACACGUCCUUGUGCUCUUCAUCAUGUUGGCCAAUGCUUGCCUUCAGGUAGGCUACUGGCUGCAUAUAUUCAAGGAGUCGCUAUUGGUUAUCGUUCUGAAACCAAACAAGCCCUCCUAUGCAGUGCUGAAGGCUUUCAGGCCCAUCGUACUCCUCAUCACUUUCAUGGUGCUCGAUGGCAGCCCGCUCGCUAUCUACAAACAUGUACGCUACGCGGCCUGGGUACUAGGUAAACUACUAAAAGACGUCCGCCCCCCCAACCACGAGCCUUGUGGCUCAAACACCUAA